AUGGCCGCGGUGGUGGCUGCCGCUCGUGCUCUGUCUGAGGCGGCUCUGACCGGCGGGCUGCGGGCGUUGCGGGGCGGCGGCGGGUGCCGGCGCUGGAAGCGGGGCGGCGCCUGGGCGCUGUCGGGGCGGACGUGGAGCUCGGGGGCUCCUCCGGGGGUCCCUCCUCAGGCGAAGGCGGCGGGGCCGGGGCUGACCGGAGCCGUCCUGAGGGAGGUCGCCCAGCAGCAGCAGCAGCAGCAGCAGCAGCAGAAGUCAACAGGAGAAGAAGAUGGGAAAGGCUCCGAUGAACAACAAGAGAAGACAAAAAAGCAGAACCCUGCCUAUACAAAGAGACUGCUGCAGAUAGUAGGCCUUCUCGGAGCUGGCAAUGGCGUAGCAAUUAUCUACAUCUUUGGUCGUAAUUCAGUGGAUGAAAAUGGUGUGAAGAUUCCUGAUGAAUUUGAUAACGAUGUGGUGAUCCUUCAACAGCUGCGAAGGUCGUACAAGUAUUUCAAAGAUUAUAGCCAGAUGAUCAUGGAGCCCACCAGCCCUAAGUUGUUGCCGGAUCCCCUGAAGGAACCGUAUUACCAGCCGCCUUACACCCUGGUCAUCGAACUCACCGAUGUCCUGCUGCACCCUGAAUGGUCGUUAGUGACCGGCUGGCGCUUUAAAAAAAGGCCGGGCAUCGACAACCUCUUCCAGCAGCUGGCUCCUCUCUACGAAAUCGUCAUUUUCACCUCGGAAACGGGCAUGACCGCUUUCCCCCUCAUCGACAGCGUGGAUCCCCACGGCUUCAUCUCCUAUCGGCUCUUCCGAGACGCCACUCGCUAUAUGGACGGGCAUCAUGUUAAGGACAUCUCCUGCCUGAACAGGGACCCGUCCAAGGUGGUGGUGGUGGAUUGCAAGAAGGAGGCCUUCCGCCUGCAGCCCUUCAACGGCCUGGCCCUCAAGAAGUGGGACGGGAACUCCGACGACCGCACCCUCUUCGACCUGUCGGCCUUCCUCAAAACCAUUGCCCUGAGCGGGGUGGAAGACGUUCGCUCGGUGCUGGAGAACUACUCCCUGGAAGAAGAUCCACUGGAGGCUUUCAAACGCAGGCAGUCCCAGCUGGAGCAGGAGGAACAGCAGCGCCUCUCUGACCUGACGCAGCACAAGAAGCAGCAGCUCUUCCUGGGCUCCCUGGCCAGCCGGCUGUGGCCGCGCUCCAAGCAGCAGUGACCCCGGACCCCCUCAGGACCAGCCGCCCCCAUCCGCGAAUGGACCUCUCGGCCGCUCCUGCCCCUAGGACCCUCAGCCUGCUGUUUGGGGGGGGAGGGGGGCUUCUUGGGGAGGCUGCAACAGCGGGAGGGGCACAGACUUCGGCCCAACCUGGACACGGAUGGUGGGCUGCCACCUGCCCUCCUUGCCCCCCCUGAGGUCCCGCCCAGCAGCAGCAGCCUCAUUUCUUGAGACCAAGACUUUGGUGGGGAAAGGGGAGCCCGUCCCCCAGCCCUGCGGAGGGGGCCGCUCCGGGUCAGGCUCCAGGAGGGCCGGGCAGCCAAGCCAUCCCCGGGGACUCAGCCCGGCUGAAGCGGCAACAAAAAGGAGAGAAAAACUCCAGCCAGGGAAGGAGGAGGAGGAGGAGGAAGAGGGGACGGUCUCUCCGGAGGGCUCCUGCCCCUUGUUAUCAUGUUCCCAUCGGGCGACCGACGGUGCCGUGGGUCAGCCUGUUGGGGUGAGCGGAAAGGAAUGCUGGGGCGCACUCCAAAUAAACGCCCAUCUUUGUAA